AUGCCUCCAGCCGAUACCCAGGAAGAUGACGACCCUAUCACUGCAUCGUAUGACAUAUUCAUAACCGAUUCCCAAAUCCGCCGAUUACUCCUUCAAUACCCCGAUCGCCCCGCCGACCAACCAUACAAUGAUUCCAUCGGCCAAAAACCCCUAGAAUUUAGACUAAAGCCCAAAACAGGCCUGGUCGAGCUAGACAUACCGAUUGACACUCAGGUGAACUACGACGAAACUAAGGGUCUGCGGUACGGUAAUGCGCUGGCCAAAAGCAGAAUUACGCAGGAGAAUGGCUCCCAUGGCAUGGCGGGCGGAUUUAAUGCGAACGGCGGUGGGAUAGGGAAGUUUAAAACGGAGGGUACUGGAGCUGACGAUGUGAAUGUUUACAUGGAUAUGGAUGACGAAGAUAGGAAGGCGGGUGUUAAGAUGACGACACAGGUUUUGGGAGGUAGGAUAAAGAAGCCUGUUGAUGGUGAUCCGGUUUACAUGCUGGGUGCUUUCAAAGAUAAUGAACUACAUCUUGCGCCGCUGGAGGCGGUGGUGCAGCUUCGGCCGCAGUUACAUCACAUCGAUGCGUAUGAUGAAGUAUCUGUGAAAAGCAAGGUGAUGGCCAAGUCUAAGAAGGAUAUGGAUGAGGAUUCCGGUCCUCGGAACGCUGCCAUGGAAGCUCGAGCAAUUGAUAUGAAGGUUAAAUCCGCCGAGACAGAAGGUGCCAGGGCAGUUGGAAACAAUGAGCUACUCCUUAAGCUCUUCCAAGACGAGAAAUGGGAGAAGUACAGAUGGAUAGAUGAAAAUGACCAAGAAUCGUGGGAUAAAUAUGACCAGUAUAUGUUUAACGAAGGGCUAGAAGAGCCUGUACAGCUGCAGUCGGCUAUUACGGCAGACGACUAUUUGGACAGCAUGAGUGCGCCUAGAGUCGACCCUACUAGGCCGGAGAUGACUGGCUGGGCGAUGAAGAGGAGACAGCAGAGCCGGAGGGCAAGCAGUUAUAAAAAAGGAGGGCAACCUCAGGGCGAGGAUGAAGGCGAUGGCGACAUAGACAUGGCCUAG